GAAAAUUCUCUUUAGCCAGCAAUCAGAAGUGGUUGUAAGGCUUCUGAUUGAUAAACAAACAAGCGCAACAUCAAUUGAUUGAUGCUGUAGUUUGAUGUCAUUAGUAAUAAUGAAGGUUGACGAUAAUGAGUGAAACGGCUCCUCAUUUCAGCUCCAAUGAUUCUUAGAGUAUUGUUGGCUGUUUUCAUUUUCGUCGUCGCAAGAGCCGCAUAUGAUGACGCCGAAGCAGAAGACACAAGACCUAUAACGUUGUCAGUGUUUACGGAUAAAUACAAAGAAUAUGUGGCUAAAGUGAAGGACUGCAAACUGCGAAUGAAUGACAACUUAGUACAACAAUGUCUGGACGAAGUUAACAGCAAGUUCCGCACUAUAACUCACCGAGGAGUCAACUGCGAGGUCAUUGAAGAACUUUCGUGUAAGAGAGGACAUUUUGGAAAGUAUGAGAUAAUCAUUGAUGAUCAUGAACAAAAGGUGGAACUUCCCUGCUAAUUGGAAAUUAUAUUGCAUUUAUUUCUUGAAA